AUGGGUCUCUUCUCCAAACUGGGGCUACUCCCCUGGUAUGCCAGAAAACCUCCAGGUUGGUCACAGCUCUUUCUGGGAUCAGCAUGUAAAGAAAACUUCACCCAGGUGAUAGCCAAGAAACGUCAAAGAGGACAGGAAAGUCAGAAGAAACUAAGACAUCUUGGACCACUAGAUGAUUUCUGGCAGGAAAGGCUGGUUGAUGUUGUGACACCACUCUGGAGGCUGAGCUAUGAAGAACAGCUCAAGGUGAAAUUUGAAGCUCAGAAGAAAAUUUUUCAGAGACUAGAUAAUUUUACCUUCAAGGGCUUAAUGGAGUCAAUAUGA